GUAUAAUUUCCGAGGCUUCCGCUGGCUUCAGGCUAUGAUCUUUGCCAUAGAAGAAAUAAACAGUAGCCCAACCCUCCUUCCCAACAUGACCCUAGGAUACAGGAUAUUUGAUACUUGCAAUACAGUCUCUAAAGCCCUCGAGGCCACACUGAGUUUUGUGGCCCAAAACAAGAUAGACUCCUUGAACCUGGAUGAAUUCUGCAACUGCUCGGAACAUAUCCCUUCCACCAUUGCAGUCGUGGGCGCAACCGGCUCUGGCAUCUCUACCGCUGUGGCCAAUCUGCUGGGACUCUUUUACAUACCUCAGGUCAGCUAUGCCUCAUCCAGUCGUCUCUUGAGCAACAAGAAUCAGUUCAAGUCCUUCCUCCGCACAAUCCCCAAUGAUGAGCAUCAGGCUACGGCGAUGGCAGACAUCAUCGAAUACUUUCGCUGGAACUGGGUGGGAACAAUUGCAGCCGACGAUGACUAUGGCCGGCCAGGGAUUGAAAAGUUUCGGGAGGAGGCAGAGGAAAGAGACAUCUGCAUUGAUUUUAGCGAGCUCAUCUCCCAGUACUCAGACGAAGAGGAAAUCCAGCAGGUGGUGGAGGUCAUCCAGAACUCCACAGCAAGGGUGAUCGUUGUUUUCUCCAGUGGCCCGGAUCUGGAGCCCCUCAUCAAAGAGAUUGUCAGGCGAAACAUCACGGGCAAGAUCUGGCUGGCAAGCGAGGCCUGGGCCAGCUCUUCCCUGAUAGCCAUGCCGGAGUUCUUCCGUGUCAUCGGCAGCACCAUUGGGUUUGCACUGAAGGCAGGACAGAUCCCAGGCUUUCGUGAGUUCCUGCAGAAGGUGCAUCCCAAGAAGUCUACCAACAAUGGCUUUGCCAAGGAGUUUUGGGAGGAGACAUUUAACUGCUAUCUCCCCGAUGGGUCCAAAAAUUCUCCAGCUUCAACUUCCUUCCACAAGGGCCAUGAAGACGGACCGGGAGCUGGAAAUGGAACGGCUGCCUUCCGUCCUCCGUGCACCGGGGAUGAGAACAUCACCAGUGUGGAGACACCGUACAUGGACUACACGCACUUGCGGAUAUCCUAUAAUGUGUAUUUGGCAGUAUAUUCUAUUGCCCAUGCCUUGCAGGAUAUAUAUACCUGUACCCCUGGGAAAGGACUCUUCACUAAUGGAUCCUGUGCAGACAUUAAGAAGGUUGAGGCAUGGCAG